AUGGAGCUACCGGCCGGAACUCCGGUCCCUGUGUACGAAGCACUAGCGGUUCUUCCCCUUUCUUCUUCCGCCCCAACAUCACCAUCAGCCGCCACCACCGCCGAAGGCCACGUGUUGCCUCAAUCUCCCGAGCCUUAUACAGUUUUGCGCAAUGAAGUUGCCCCCGACGAAGUUCCUUCUGCCAGCGUGGUGAAGCUGGAGGCUCCCGAUUUCUUCUCUCUUGAUGUUUGUGACGAUGAAGUUGAGGAGGCAGAGUUCAGUACGCCGAGUGAGGAAGCUGAGUUCAUCGGACCUAUGGUGACUGGAACGGCUGAGCCGCUGGUUGAGUCGGAGCCCAGGCUGGAGAGUGGAUGGUUUAGAGGGAAUGGCAGGUUUAAGAGCCCCUUGUUGCAGCUGCAUAAAGAGAUAGUGGAUUUCUGUGAUUUCUUGUCUCCUACUCUUGAAGAACAAGCUUCACGUAGAGCAGCAGUGGAAAGUGUUUGUGAUGUUAUAAAAUAUAUAUGCCCUCGUUCCAAGGUGGAAGUUUUUGGGUCUUUCAGGACUGGUCUUUAUCUUCCGACAAGCGAUGUUGAUGUUGUGAUUCUGAACUCGCAUGUUGUGAGCCCGCAAACUGGUUUACAAGCUCUUUCCAGAGCUUUGUCUCAAAGAGGAAUUGCAAAGAAGAUUCUGGUCAUUGCAAAGGCUCGUGUGCCGAUCAUUAAGUUUGUAGAAAAAAGAAGUGGCAUCUCAUUUGACAUUAGUUUUGAUGUGGAGAAUGGUCCAAAAGCUGCUGAUUUUAUUCAGGAUGCAGUAGCACGGUGGCCUUCUUUACGACCAUUGUGUCUAAUUUUGAAAGUGUUCUUACAACAGAGAGAACUCAAUGAGGUGUACACUGGUGGGGUAGGUUCUUAUGCGCUACUUACCAUGCUGUUGGCUGUGUUAAAGAAUCUGAGUUUGGAUCGUUUGUCUCCAGAACAUAAUUUGGGAGUUCUCUUGAUACACUUCUUUGAUCUAUAUGGCCGCAAAUUGUGCACCAGCGAUGUUGGUGUUUCUUGCAAUGGAUUCUUUUCUAAGCGCGCUAAGGGGUUUAUGAAUAAUGGAAGGCCAUUUCUUAUUUCCAUAGAGGAUCCACAGGCACCUGAGAAUGACAUUGGCAAGAGUUCCUUCAACUAUUUCCAGGUUAGAUCAGCAUUUGCCAUGGCCCAUUCAACUCUGACAAAUCCAAAGACAAUCCUCGGCUUGGGCCCAAACAGGAGCAUUCUGGGCACCAUCAUUAGACCAGAUCCAGUGCUGCUGCAGCGCAAAGGAGGGCAGAACGGGGACGUGACUUUCAACAGCUUGUUACCUGGAGCCGGGGAGCCAUUGCAAUCGCAAUACGAAUACCAGGAGAUCAUGUGCAAUUGGCAGUUGGACGACGAGGAAGCAUUGCCUCGUGGGAAUGGUGGGGUUGCGGGGGAUCUGUCGUCUUCUGGAAAGAAGAGGAAGUUGGCUUCUUGCAGUGACGGCAGGAAGUUGAGCAAGAAGAGAUCAAAACAAGAGAAUGGUGGCAGUGACGUUAAGAGGCUCAAGGACAGAUCACCGAGCAAGAAGAGCUGGACGGAAGAAAAGCGAUCAUCAAAGAAGAAAGCACGUUGGAGACGUUCCAAGAACGGCUCGUCAAAUGGUCCCUCUCCUGGUUCUUCGUGA